CUAUAUAUACACGGUGACGCAAAAUCAAGUGACAAUAUUCCUGAAUCGAACUCUCCAUUGCUCAUCAUGAGCUCAAUCGAUGGUGUUCAGGUUUUCUGACAUCUAAAGAAGUUUAGCUUGACAAGAUGUUGCGACUACCAGUCGUAAGGGCUACAGGCCUGGCAAAUGGAAGGUUUUGUGCUGUUAGUUUUCAUACAACAUCCAGCAAGUCUCAGCAGGAAUUGAUUGAACUUUUUAUCGAUGAUAAACCUGUACAAGUGCCACCAGGAACAACAGUCUUGCAGGCUGCUGCCAAGGUGGGAGUUGAAAUACCAAGAUUUUGUUAUCAUGAAAGACUUGCUGUUGCUGGGAAUUGCAGAAUGUGUCUUGUUGAAAUAGAAAAGCAAGUCAAGCCGGUGGCUGCAUGUGCCAUGCCAGUAAUGAAAGGUUGGAAAGUAAAAACUAACUCUAAUAUAACACGGAAAGCUCGUGAGGGUGUUAUGGAGUUUUUACUGGUUAAUCAUCCACUGGACUGUCCAAUCUGUGAUCAGGGUGGAGAAUGUGAUUUACAAGAUCAAAGCAUGGCUUUUGGAACCGAUAGGAGUAGGUUUGUUGAUAUUAAGUUCUCUGGGAAAAGAGCAGUGGAGGAUAAAGAUCUUGGACCCUUGAUCAAAACAGUUAUGACACGUUGUAUACAUUGCACGAGAUGUAUCCGAUUUGCUUCAGAAGUAGCUGGUAUUGAUGAUUUAGGAACUACAGGUCGUGGUAAUGAUAUGCAGGUGGGGACGUAUAUUGAGAAAAUGUUCUUGUCAGAAUUAUCGGGAAAUAUCAUUGACCUCUGUCCAGUGGGUGCAUUGACUAGCAAACCAUAUGCAUUUGUUGCUCGUCCAUGGGAGACACGUUGUACUGACAGUAUUGAUGUUCACGAUGCUGUUGGUAGUAACAUAGUUAUCUCUCACAGAACUGACGAAGUUUUGAGAAUAUUACCAAGAGUGAAUGAGGAAGUAAACGAAGAAUGGCUCUCAGAUAAGGCUCGUUUUUCAUACGACGGACUCAAGAGGCAACGGCUUAUUACGCCAAUGAUGAAAAUCAAGGGAAAACUGGAAUCUGUAGAUUGGGAAGAUGCACUUAUUGCUGCUGCCAAAGCUUUAAUGAACAUACCGGCGGGCAAAUGUGCCGCGAUCGCUGGUAAAAUGGCAGACGCGGAAGCUUUAGUCACCAUGAAGGAUUUAGUGAACAAAUUAGGCAGCGAGGGGCUAGCUACAGAACAGUGUUUCCCGAAAGAUGGCUCGGGUAUUGAUCUCAGGAGCAAUUAUCUUUUGAACAACACCAUCGCCGCAAUUGAAGAUGCAGACAUCGUAGUAUUAAUCGGUACAAAUCCCAGAUAUGAGGCACCACUGGUGAACACGCGUCUCAGAAAAGGCUAUCUACAUGGUGAACAAACAGUCGCCCUUAUUGGCCCAGAUGUAGAUCUAACAUACGAUCAUGAGCAUCUAGGACAGUCUUUCGAUGUGAUAAUGAAACUUAGGAACGGCUCGCAUCCAUUCAGCACGAUUUUGAAAGAGGCUAAAAAACCGCUCGUUAUCUUAGGCGCUGAACAGUUAUCUCGAAAGGAUGGAGCGAAAAUCCUUUACGAAACGCAGGAAUUGGCGAAGGCUUUAGGAGAUAACUCCAAAGCUCCCCAGGACUGGAAGAUCUUAAACAUCCUGCAUACAAAUGCCUCUCAAGUUGCUGCGUUAGAUAUCGGCUAUGGCUCGACUGUAGAAGAAAUCAAACAACAACAACCGAAAGUUCUGUUCCUUCUAGGUGCUGAUGACGCGGAUAUUAAGAAGGAAGAUUUCCCGAAUACAUUCAUCAUUUACAUAGGAAGUCACGGUGAUGCUGGAGCGGCCAUUGCUGACGUUGUACUCGCUGGAGCGGCGUACACUGAAAAAGUCGCAAGUUAUGUUAACACAGAGGGUCGUUCUCAACAAACAUGUGCAGCAAUUACACCACCUGGCUUAGCACGUCCAGAUUGGAAAAUUAUCCGUGCUCUUUCUGAAAUAGCUGACAUCACUUUACCCUACGACAAUUUGAAUGACGUGAGAUCAAGACUUGAAGAAAUUGCACCUCAUUUGGUUCGAUACGGUGAAGUUGAACCAGCCAAUUUCUUCACACAAGCUUUAGAGAUGGCUAAGCAACAAUCUGGAGGAUCAUUUCUACCUGAGCCAGUGGAUAUUAAACAUAAAAUGUUGGAUGAGUUCUUUAUGACUGAUGUAGUAUCACGAGCAUCUUUGACUAUGGCAAAGUGCGUUCAAGCAGUCAUAAAACAACGACAAAACACAGUAUAAGCUAUCCAACAUUGGACAAAAUCCUCACUCGCUAGUUACUCGAUAAGAGAUUGGCUAGAUAUUAUGACACUCUACAGCCAGUUAUAAAACAAAUUACAAGAGAAAACAUCAAGGAUCGAAAUGUAAAGUUACUUGAUUCUGGUUGAUCAUCCGUGUCAGGUUCACCGGAACUUUCAUCAGAUUCGACCUAAAGAGAAGUCACGUUUUAUUUACUAUGUAUGAAGAAGUUAAAAUAAAACGUACCUUAUCUCCUAA